AUGGCGAACGGUACGAACUCUGAUAACGAGAAGAAGCGCAAGCGUUCGGACAAACGCGGAAAAGCGACCAAACAAGGCCCUCAAGCUACACCUCCAAAUCGAGCCUAUCAGAACAAUUACAAUGGGCUUAUCAAUGGCGCAAGUGGAGACAUCAAUGGAAGCCUACAGGAUGUACACUUCAACGGCCGAAGUGACCUACGACAGCGUGCGACCGCAGAGUCAACCAUAGAAUUAUCUUCCCAAGCCGAAGCUCGCACGGCAGGCGGAGAACAUGAGACGAUUGAACGGAACCUCCGCGCGAACAUCACAUCCGUCGAGGAGGAACACGAACCAGGAACCGCGAACAGAAAUUCCGUGCGCUCGACUACUGCUUCUGGACGCAAUUGCAUACUUGAUCCUCUGUCGCCCGUUGCUGCUCCUGGUAAAGCAGGUGGCCCUUGCCGGGAGACCGUCCAGGGUGGAUUUCAAGGUAUUGAUCAUCUUCCUCCUCGGCCACCUCGACCUUCUAUAUCCGCGAGUGGAACUCGCGGCCAGUUAGGCCAUCCAAAUCCCCAUUCAAGGGUAGCCUCUUCGCAGACGUACACUUACGGAUUUGGCUUUGGAAACGGAAACUCGAAUACGCAGACGCUUUCCACUCAAGCUCGCACCACCGGCCCCUUACAGGCCAGCGCCAGCAGUCUAGGAGGCAUGCCGAACCCUCAUCUCGCGUACUAUAACAACCCCUACAAGAAACCCCCACACUCUCGAAACGCAGAGGUCCGUCAAGUAGUCCAUUUUCAAUCUUGGCAGUCAUUUCACGACCCAUGGCACCCCCGCGACCGCGUCACGCAGCAAUUCGUACCUGCCAAAGGUAUUGCCGACGCGGGGCCUACCUUUACUCCGGGUUACCACGAUUCGCGUUACGGGCUUAUCACGGGCAUCCACUGGGCAGGAGAGCAUUCGAAACUGAAUAUACACUUGGGCUACACCUUUGCUGGAAAGGGAGCAGACCUCAGGCUGAAGGAGGAGGCCGUUCAGCUGCUACCCGCCAUGUUACAAUCGCAAUUUGAUGAGUGGCAGGCCAACCGCGAAGAUGGCAUGAGCAUCAACAAGCACGUUCCGCAGGAAUUUACACUCAUCUUCGAAGAGACGUACCGUGGAUACAAGCCACGAACCAAGGUAAUGUUCUCGAUGUCAUGCUCGGCCCUGAUUCCUUGGAGUCCCACCCGUGGCAACCCCUAUCUCGACAUUGUAGGCCUUAUUGAUGAGCCUAGCUUUGUCAUAUUCGGGGAAGCGCAGGAUAUGUCAAAGCGAAUUUCGCGAGUGCCGCUUGACCAGCGCGGAACGUUGGACUGCGGGCGGUUCUCCUGGAUGAAUAUUCCGCCUGGAUCUUCCGCCCCUAUCCGUUUAAUGAAUCCGGCUUCCGGGAGCUUUCGCAAUAGUCCGACCGCUGCACAGGCUCCGAUUGCGCCAAUGAAUGCCCAGUGUGAUAGUGACGAGAACAACGACCAGCAGGGAUGGGACACUGCAGCUUUUCAAAUGAUUGGAAACAAUCAGCAAGAGAUUCAAGAUCUUCAGCAGCAUGACCAGGAGUUACAGGAAAUGGUCGGGAGCAAUCAGAAUGAAAUCUGGUUCGAUCGGGGAAAGCUGCAACUCCUCCUAGAGAUGGGUUCGGGGCGCCCAGCUCAAAUGCCUUCAUUCUCGAUGCAGGCCCAACCUAUGCUGAAGUACACUCCGAGCGAAGACGGCGUAGAAUAUGAUGAGGGUGAGCGCGAGACCAAGCGAAUGCGGCAAGGCUAA